AUGAAGUUCACCACCUCCGCCGCCGCCCUGCUCAUGCUUGCCUCCGGAAUCCAGGCGCACCCGGAAAAGAUGACCCCAGAGAAAGCCAAGCGUGAGGCUCUCAUGGUUGGACGUUCAACCGGCAAGUGUGCCGCUGCCAUUGAGGCCCGCAAGGCUGAAGUUAUGGCCAAGAGAUCCGCCCGCCUGCUCCAGCGCCGCCUCGACGACGGCAAGAUUACGCACGAGGAGAUGAUGGCCAAGCGCAACGAGUUGCAGUACACCACUAUCCAGAACGACACUUGCGUCCUCGCUCCCGACACAAUCUGGGGACCUUAUGGUAUUGAUGGCGAGAUUGUUCGCCACGAUCUUCGAGAGUUGAGCACGGGACAGGAGGGUCUUGACUUUUACCUCGACAUUGGUGUCAUUGACGUCGAGACUUGCGAGCCUCUGCCUAAUGCCGCCUUGUCCAUCUGGAACUGCAAUGCUACUGGCACUUACUCGGGCUUCACUGGCAUUGACCCCGAUACGGCCUCAUUCUACGACGGUGUGUCAGCACGUGCUGAUGGUACCACGGACGACGACACAUUCCUGCGCGGAAUUCAGGUUACCGACUCCGAGGGUAUGAUUGAAUUCUUGACCCUAUUCCCUGGCUACUACAUCACCCGCACUACGCACAUCCACGUCACCGUCCAGACCAACAUUACCAACGGCACGGGGUUCUCCGAGAGCGCGAUUCAGCACAUUGGCCAGCUCUUCUUUGAGGAGGACCUUCUCAACGAAGUUUACCAGCUAGAGCCUUACUCUGCCCACCUGGAAACGCUCAACAGAACUACCAACGCAGAGGACAGCCUGUACUCGAGUGCUUCGGGUGAUGGCUACAGCGCUGUCAUUAGCGUCAGCCAGAUUGGCGAGACUCUGGCAGAUGGAUUGGUUGGAUACAUUACCAUUGGUGUCAACACCUCCGCUUCGGGACUUGAGACCACUGGAGGCUCUGUCAAUGUUCAGGGAUACCUCCCGACUGUGUCUGUCGCUUCAAGCAAGCUGGCGCAGGCCACUGCUGUCGACGUCGCCGACGGAUACACCAGCUAG